AUGGAUUUCAUUAAAUCAAUUUCGGAACCACACAUUUUGGCGCAACGUUUGAAUAAAAUUGGUGGGAUUGUACGACAUGGAAAUCGAUGGUUCCAGACUGAAUAUUCGCUAGGAUACAAUGUUUUUGAAUAUCGUAACAUAUCUGAUCUGAGAUAUUCACGUCCCUUUGCGAUGCAUUCUUUGGAGGUGAAUCAAUUUGAUGGUACUGAUAAUACAGCAUGUAGUAAAGAUACUUUUGUGUAUUAUGAAGCAACAAGCUCGCAUAUCCAUUCUUAUCAACUUAAUGAGCACCACUUGAUCAAUGCAACAAUCAGAGCAUCAAAAAAUCCAAUCUACCAUUUUUCACGUUCUUUUAUUGAUUUGGAAAACGAUGACGGCAACUUAUGGAUUCUGUAUCGUUCUGCUAUAGAUGGCACUUUUCAUGCUUCUCUACGUGACUGUACUUCACUGAAGGAACGAAAAUCUUGGAAUUUACAAUUUAUGGAUGCUAAGAACAUUGUGAAUGCAUUUAUUGCAUGUGGUCACUUGUAUACUGUGAGUCAAAAUAUCACCUCAAAUAUUUUAAACAUCAUUUACGAUUUUAAUACAGGAAAAUUCUUUCAAGAUAUGCCAGUAAUAGGUAGUUGGAAGCGAAACGGCGUGCCAUCGAACAUACAGUAUGAUCACAUAAGCAAAACAAUUAAUGCUUUUGAUGAUGGUAUCAUUUACAGCAUUACAGUUCAUAUGUAA